GAAGAGUGGAUCCCUGACUGGGCGGGCCGGUAGCGGGCGGUGCUUCUUUAAGCCGGGCGCCACCGCAUCGCCUCCUGCCUAGAUCUAGUUGGCGGCGAGGCCGGGGCUGCGGGAAUCUGCGAUGGAACUUCACAUCCUAGAGCACCGGGUGCGAGUCCUGAGCCUUGCCCGGCCGGGCCUCUGGCUCUACACCCACCCGCUCAUCAAGCUGCUCUUCCUGCCCUGUCGCAGCCGGUGCAAGUUCUUCAGCCUGACUGAGACUCCGGAAGAUUACACACUCAUGGUGGAUGAGGAGGGCUUUAAAGAGCUGCCCCCAUCCGAGUUCCUGCAGGUGGCCGAGGCCGUGUGGCUGGUGAUGAACGUAUCUCACAGUGGCUCGGUGGCGCAGGCCGCCGGAGUAACGAAGAUUGCCCGGUCUGUCAUUGCCCCACUGGCCGAACACCACGUAUCUGUUCUGAUGCUGUCCACAUACCAGACCGACUUCAUCCUGGUACGGGAGCAGGACCUGUCUGUGGUGAUCCACACACUGGCCCAGGAAUUCCAAAUCUACCGUGAAGUAGGCGGAGAGCCUGUACCUGUUACCGCGGACGAUUCCAGCAACGGCUUUCCCCACACCCAGCACGGGCCCAGUCCCACAGUGCAUCCCAUUGAGAGCCCGCAGAACCGCUUUUGCGUCCUCACCCUGGACCCUGAGACAUUGCCAGCUGUCGCCACCAUCCUCAUCGAUGUCCUCUUCUACUCCCACAGUGUCCCCAAGGAGGCAGCCUCGGAUGGUCCUGAGUCAACUUCCAUUCCGUUCUUUGCUUUCUCCCUCAUUGAGGGCUACAUCUCCAUCGUCAUGGAUGCAGAGACCCAGAAAAAGUUCCCCAGUGACCUCCUGCUGACCAGUUCUUCUGGGGAGCUCUGGAGGAUGGUGCGCAUCGGGGGACAGCCCCUGGGCUUCGAUGAAUGUGGGAUUGUGGCCCAGAUCGCGGGUCCCCUGGCGGCUGUGGACAUCUCUGCUUAUUACAUCAGCACGUUCAACUUUGACCAUGCGCUGGUUCCUGAGGAUGAGAUCAGCUGUGUCAUCGACAUUCUCCAGCGAAGGCAAGAAGGCCUGGCUCCCAAGGAUCCGUAGGGGACACCCAGCAUUCCCUUAACACCCUGGGCCUUCAGAGACUGUUCUGUCUGAGCUGUAUCCUGAAGCUUCAGAAUGAGCCCCUGAUCCUGCCGAGGGACCCUGGUUCUGCUGUCUCUAUAUAAACUGUCUGGAGCUGGACCUCGUGGGCGUGUCUGCCCACAGAAGACACCUUGGUGCUUGGGGCUUAGACCCCGGACCCAACACUUUCCAUGUGACCUCAGCAAUGCACAGUGCCUGUCUGCCUGCCUGAGGCUGGAGCCGCCUCUCCCCUGGCUGUGGCUCACGUCCCAGAGCCAGGCUCUGACCUCCAGCUAGUCUGGGUUGCCUUCUUAACCAGAUGAGUUCCCACAGUGCGCUCCCCUCUCGGGGCUCCGAAGGAAGAAUUACAUCUCAUUUUCCUUUUCAUGACUGUUGAAAUAAAUAAAAGACUCGCAGAGCUGUG